AUGGGAGAAGCAUAUUCGAAGGGAUUAUGUACGACCAAAAUCCUCCUCGUCCAUGAUGAAUAUCAAGCAUGCGUUGAAGGCGACGUCGUUCGUGUCGAGCCCGAAACCUCUUCGAAAAUGAAAAAACAUAUGGUUGCCGAAAUUAUCUCGCCGGUUCUAACGGCUGAACCCCGAAAGCCAGUUGAGACCCACGAGCAAUGGCUCGCUAGAAUGAAGGAAAAGCGAGCUGUGAAAGAGGAAAGGAGGGUUGCAGCGAAGCCUUGGUUAUGGGAAAAUUCUCUUGUCUUGAAGGAACUAAGACCAGAGAAAUGGCUCGAGGCAAAGGAAAAGUCUUCAAGCCUCAAACAAAUAGGGGUUUAG